CAAAGCUUAAAAGAUCAAUAUUUUAGCAGAAUUAGAUUCAAUUAAACUGCAAUAUUUCAUUAAGAAGUAAGCAACUAAAUAUUUUUAAAAUUUUUAAAAUUCCGUUACUUUUCACCAUCCAAAGUUUCAAGCCAACGAGUACUUUCCAGAAACUGCAGUGAGGCAUUUUCAGUGCAGUCAGAAACGGUCACACUGGGAUCAAUUAUUUUUACUUGUAGCCGACUUUUGUUUUGUUUUAAUUAAAUUGAUUGCCAGCCAAUUGCUAAAAUUCACUAAAGUUGACUAAAGCAGAAGGAGGGCAGACACACGAUGGAGGCGGUGCCGCGCUUGCAUAUGCUUUGGUUCGCCCUAAAAUCGAGUCCUGAAGGCACCUCGUUUGCGGCUUUGAAAAAGUACAUUGCUGAAUUCUACCAUGAGGACCCGGAGACCUACUCCAAGGAAGUCCAUGCCCUGGAGACGCUACGCAACCAGGCCAUGCGUACGACCAAGGACGGAGCACCGGUGAUGAAGCGCUAUUACUGCCAGCUCCACGCCCUCCAAAACCGGUUUCCCCAGCUGGCGGACCGGGCCAUAUUCACUUUCACCUGGAAGGAUCUCUACCACAGUGCCGUGCACGAGGUGACCGACCUUCGGUUCGAGAGGGCGGCUGUGCUCUUCAACAUCGCCGCCUCACACACCCAAUCCGGAGCCUCGGUGACUCGCGGGGAUGUCGAUGGCAUGAAGAUGGCCUGCACCCACUUCCAGGCCGCCGCCUGGGCUUAUGGAGAGCUGCGAGAGCGCUACGCGAAUGUCAACAGUGGUGGGGACUUCAUGACCCAGGAGCUGCUGGUCUUUCAGCAACAGGUGUGCUUCGCCCAGGCUCAGGAGUGCAUCCUGGAGAAGUCCCUGAUUGACAACAGAAAGCCCCACGUUGUGGCCAAAGUGACAGCCCAGAUUGUAGUCUAUUACGGAGCUGCCCUGGCUGCCCUGCUCACCGGCGGUGAUGACGGGCCCGUAGCCCAGGUCAUCGACAGUUCCGUCUAUAAGCUGUGGAAGAAGUACGUCCGUUUCAAAAUCAACUACUUGAACUGCAUCCUCUACCUGUACCAGGGACAGCAUGCGGAGGAGAAGCGUCAGAUGGGCGAAAGGGUGACCCUCUACCAGGCCUCUUGGGAUAAGCUGGAGGAGGCCCGGAAGGAGUCCAAGGGCCUGCCCGACCAGCGGGAGAUCAACGAAUCCCUAAGCUUCACCGCCGAUGUCGUGGAGGCCAAACGGAAAAAUGCCAAAAACGAAAACGAGUUCAUCUACCACGAGGCGGUGCCAGAACUGUCCACGAUUGCGGCCGUUCAGGGCGCCAACUUGGUGAAUGGAAUCGGGUUUCAGGUGACAGAUGAGGAGCAUGCCGGACCGGAUAUCUUUGCCAGACUGGUGCCGAUGAAAGCGCACGAGGCCAGCUCCCUGUACAGCGAAGAGAAGGCCAAGGUUCUGCGGAAGUAUGGAGGAUUGCUGGAGGAGAAGGACACCCAGCUGGAGGCCUACAUGAGCUCCCUUACCCUAGACAAUCUAAAUAUCAACGAGGAGCAGGCCAACAAGCUGCCCCAGGGCAUCGUGGAUCGAUGUGCCGCCUUGAAUGCCAACAAAACGGCGAUAAGCGAUCUGGUGGAGGCCAUGUCCCAGCUGGCCGAGAUAACCGCCGAUGUGGAGACCAAUCUCAGCGAGCUAUCGCACAUGCUGGAGGCCGAAACCCAAGCAGAGAGGGAGUUCCAGGCAGCCAGUGGUGUUCAACGAACUCCAAACGCCCACAUAACCGAGUUGUCGCGAGAGUUCCAGAAGUACAGUGAAGCCCACGCUCGAGCGGGAGAGUCCAACAACACGCUGAGAAAGGCAAUGAGCCUGCACGUGAAUAACCUGAAGAUCCUGGCCAGACCGCUGCCCGAAAUCCAGCAGCUAAUGCCCAAGCUAAGCUCGGAGCUGAACACCACCGAGAUCUUCAGGGACGUGAAGCUCAUCCUGAACAAAGUCAACGAGAUGAAGGCCCAACGCGCCCAGUUCCAUGCGGACCUGAGAAUCGCCAUCAACGAGGACGACAUCACGGGAAAGGUGAUAGCCCAUGGGGGUCAGGAGGGGCUGCAGGCGCUCUUUGCCACCGAGCUGGCCAAGCACGACAAGAUCACCCAGUUGCUGGACCAAAACAUGCUCGCCCAGGCGAACAUCCUGCAAGCCCUCACCGAAAACUACGCCAAGGCGGCACCGGUGCUGAAGACACUCCAGGACGUGAAGCAGAAGCGGGAGCACUUCUACAGUUCCCUGGCUGCCUCUUAUGAUGUUUAUGAGGAUCUCCUGGCCAAGUCCGCCAAAGGCUUGGAGUUCUACAAAAAGCUGGCCGGCAACGUCCAGAAACUAUUGACCCGUUUCCGUUCGGCCAGAGAUGUCCAAUCCGAGGAGCGGCAGCAAAGGAUGCAGAGCGUCAAGGCGGCCACUCCGCCGGUGGUCAGUAGACCGGCCCAGGAGGCAGCUCCGCCCACGACAACUGUUAGCAGCACGCCCAAGCUAAGGGAUUACCUGAAAGCCAAGGCGGCCAUGGCAGAUAUCGCCAAUCCAACCGCACCAGGGUUCGUGCCUACUGUUCGUCCUGUUCCCGUCGGCUCGGAAAACCCCACCCAGGCCGCCUGUUCCACCUACGCCACUGCUCCGCCCAACGAGCCCCCGCCACCCUACAGCCUCCAGCAGCAGCAGUAUUUCGAUCCCAGUGCCGCCGGCUAUACGAAUCCCAUGUACCAGCAGCAGCAGCAGAACAUUGCUCCGCCGGCCUACAAGGCCCAGGCAUCGCCCAACUCCCAGACCCUCCACGGAGCCAUGGGCCAGCUCAGCUUGCAGCCGGAUGCCAAUACGGGAGCUUAUAGCUAUGGCUACCCGAGUGGAGCCGUUCCACCACUGGCCUACGCUGCGCCUGGAACGGCACCUGGAGCAGUGGCUUCUUCCUCGGCGGCGCAGGGUUUCAACUACCAGCAGCCCCUGUAUGUGGCCACUUCAGUGAACCCCAACCCAAGUCCCAGCCACGGAGAGGUGUCCCUGCAGGCUCCCUAUGUGGUCAACCAGGCAUCGAAUCCUUAUCCGGGGACUGGCGGAUAUCCUGGGCAGAACUAUCAACAACCAGGAGCGUAUAACCAAACCUCUUCUGGCUAUGGAGCAGGACAGCAAGCCCAGCAACCUCUGAGCUAUGCUCCGAAUCAGACUCAGGCUUCGGGAUAUCCUCAAGUACCAACCUCCCAGCAGCAGCCUGCUGGGUAUCCGCAGACGCAACAACCAAGUGGAUAUCCGCAGUCUCAGACUCCACAGCAGGUGUCCACUGGAUACCCACAAUCGCAGACUCCUCAGCAGCAAUCUGCCGGCUAUCCCCAAUCCCAGACUCCACAGCAGCUGCCUACUGGUUAUCCCCAAUCUCAGCCCAACUCUGCAUAUGCCCAGGCCGCAGGUUACACCCAAUCUCCGGCAUCACAACAGCAGGCCACCGGAUACCCCCAAUCCGCCACGCCUCAGCUACAGCCCACUGGAUACCCCCAGGCACAAACUCCACAGCAGCCACUGGCUUAUGCCCAACAAGGAGCUGGUUACGUUCCCCAACAGCCCACGCUAUAUCCAUCUCAGGCAGUACAGUCAUCGCCUCAGCCCACGGCAGGGCUUCCAUCCUCGCCAGCUACUGCUGCUGCCGCUCCUGUUGUGCCAGCUCCUGGAGGGUCUCCUGCUCUGCCCCCUGUUGCUCCAAGCCAAGCCUCCAUCCCCCCUCAAGUUCCUGCAUCUUCACAAGCUUCUUCGGCCACCUACAUCAGCUACUCCAACCAUCCGGGGUACAGCUUCAAUCCCCAGACCGGAAACUACGAGUACAGCAGUGGAUAUCAGCAGGACAAUAGUGCUCUGAAGGGAGCCCAGGCAUCCCAGGGCUACCAGUUCAGCCAGAGUGGCAAGCAGCAGGCAGUGGGUACCACGGACUCGGAGAACGCCAACCGCAGUAAUCCUGCCACAGGUUUCGAUUCACCCAUCAUCUCCCACACCAAGGCAAGUCAAUCAGCCAAAGACGCCACUUCCACCGGCGGGAAUCCGGAGUCAUCCAACUACUUUACAACCCAAUACGGCUACCAAGGCAACGGUCAGCAACAACAGCCGGAACAUCAGCAGCAGCAGGCUACUCCCACGCAUCAGGCCAAUCCCACAGGAUCCAUUUACAUCCAAAGUGGUGCCAGCAGCGUUGCCAAUACCCAGACGACUACAAGUGGGCCUCCCUACGCAUCCUCCACCAGCUCGGCUGCUCCACAAGUGCCGGAGGUGAAGGCUCAGCCGGUGGCCCACAAGACCAAGAGCAAUGUGGAUUUGCUGAGCGACCUGGACAUCGAUUGUUCCGCCUCUGUGCCGCCGCCAAUGCUGCCGCAGCCCGUGCUCCAGCCGCAGGUGGUGCCGGCAGCCACUCCCACUCCCCCAGCGAGUCAGGUGUCCGCGCCAGUGAAAUCUGAACCUGUUGUGGAGCCGCCAUCAGAGUCCACCUCCCCACAGAUCCCUCCAGCAGUAGCAGAAGAGACCACAUUGGCAUCAGUACCUGCUCCUGCUUCUGCCCGGCGAUCUAGCUUGGGCAACCUUUCCAACUGCUCGGAUCUGAGCUCGCUGGAGAACUUCGACUGGGACUCAGUCUCCCUGACGCAUUCCGCUACCGAGAAGCCGACCAAACCAGCAACAUCUGCCAGCAAUGGCACUUCCAGCAAUUUCGCAUUCCAAACCGAGACAUUCACGGACGAGAAGACGACCAAGUAUUUCCAAAAGGAGGUGGAGAGCUACGAGAAGCUUUUGGAGAAUCUGCACGUCAAGAUGCUGAAUGGGACGACCCAACUGGGCGCCAAGUGGCAGGAGCUGCAGAAGAUACUGGAUAAGGAAUCAGCCACCAAUAAGCGAUCCACCACCAUUGCGAAGCUGUUUCCGGAGAAGAAUCGCUCCCUCGACUGUCUGCCCUACGAUCAUGCCAGGGUCAAGCUGGACAAGCAGACCGACGACUACAUCAACGCCGCCUACAUGAAGAACCUGAGUGUCGGGUGUCCCAACUUCAUUGUGGCCCAGACGCCGCAGGCCAACACCAUCAAUGACUUCUGGUCGAUGAUCUGGUCGGAGAAGUCGCGUUCCGUGGUCUGUUUGCACACCACCAAUGAGUUAUUUGAUCCCUACUGGCCUCAAGCCCUGGACCAACCCACACACUAUGAUGACUUCACGGUGACCUGCGUGAAAAUCCAGCAACUGAGCCAUUCCACAGAGUACCAACUCAAAUUGUCCAUGCAUGGAGCAGAUGCUGUGCUGGAUUUGUCUCUCCUACAGCUUAAAAAGUGGACCAAGGGAUCCCCCGCUCAACUGCUGGGUGUGGCUGAAAAUGCCUUGGAUACCCAUCGGGAGCGUUGUCGGGCAGCUAACACACCUAAUUCUCCGCUCAUCCUUAACUGUCUGACGGGUUCUGAGCGCUCCGAACUGGUGGUCAUUGGUGUAUGCGCUCUCAUAGCCACACAGAGCAAGCAACCAAUUUUGAUAAAUGUGGUGGACGUUUGGUCUCGCAUUUCCUCACAGCGCCAGAACUCCCUUCGAGAUGCCGGCAUCCUGGAACAGUCCAUGCAGAUAGUGCUCUGCAAUGCCCACAACGUGCUAAACAAACGUGGUAUAAUGACCUCAUAUCAGAUGAAGAUGGCCCCGCAGGUGACCGCCAAGGAGCAGCAGGAGACCAAGGAUCCGCUCAACGAAUUGGAUGCACUUUGGAAGCUUAAAUAAACGACUGACAAAGCUACACACAUUUAAUAAUCAAAUGAAAGUAUUUAUACAAAUAAUCUACUGUGCAAGACAUAUUUAUAAACAAAGGACAUUGUUGCAAACAAUUUAUAAACGGAAGAGAAGGAUAAGAGUAUUGGAAGGAAUGUCGAAAUCAUUUUGUAAUCUAUAUUGUAUUGUAAUCGUCUCUAUCAACUGUUAUAUGGAAUGUAUUUCGAACGAAUCGUGAUGUUAAUGGGAUAUUUUCAGAGUUUCAAAACUAUACUAAAAAUAUUAUAUAGAAAUUUAGAUCCGGAAGAGGAUACUGUCAAACAUUUAUAAAACAAUAAAGUGCGUUAAAAAUCAA